GCUAUUGUUCAAGUUGGGUGAGAGCAACAUGCAAUACGUGACGUCUACAUCGUUCUUGCUCUUAACCUAUGCCAAAUACUUAACAUCUGCUCGUACCGUUGCUUAUUGCGGUGGUUCCGUCGUCACCCCUGCCCGCCUCCGCUCCAUAGCCAAGAAACAGGUAGAUUAUUUACUCGGUGACAACCCGUUGAAGAUGUCAUACAUGGUUGGUUAUGGCCCGAAAUAUCCACGUCGGAUUCACCACCGUGGCUCAUCUCUCCCAUCCGUUGCAGCCCACCCGAGCAAGAUCCAAUGCCACGACGGAUUCUCCAUGUUUAUCUCCCAAUCUCCUAACCCCAACGUUCUAGUCGGUGCAGUCGUUGGUGGUCCAGACCAAAACGACCAAUUCCCUGAUGAAAGGUCCGACUACGGACGGUCCGAGCCAGCCACUUACAUUAACGCCCCGCUUGUUGGAGCUUUGGCUUAUCUUGCUCGCUCCUAAGUCCAAACUCUUCUAAUCAAGAAUAAAUCGUUAGUUUAACUGUUGGUUUAAUUACAAUGUUAAUUAGUAGUCAUGAUUAUUAUAAACGAUCCUCUACGACUGAACGAUGUGUUAGAUGAUGAUGUCUUUUCAAUGU